AUGGCUUUUUGUAAUCUUCCACCCAUGAUGCAAUGUAUGCAAGCACCAGGGACAAUAACCAACUGUCCACUUGGACUGGAAUAUUUGACUCAGAUAAAUCAGUUACUAGUGUGUCAACAUUUUAAUCUUCUGGAAGUUCUCAGUUGUUCUGAAACUAGUAAAAAUUAUGAAGUCAUAAACAAUCAAGGACAAAGAAUUUAUUUUGCAGAAGAGAGAAGUAAUUGCUUCCUCCAAUACCUCUGUGGAUCUUCAGGAUCUUUUACCAUGACAAUAUAUGAUAAAUUAGGCUGUGAUGUCAUUACUGUGCAUAAAGCUUUAAGAAACUGCUACCUAAAAAAGCUACAAGUUGAGGCUCCUCCUGGUGAAAUUGGAUAUGUAUACCAAUACUUUCACCCAUUUUUGCCAAUGUUUAAAAUAAAAAAUGAGAAUAAGAAGGAUAUAAUGAAAAUAAGAGGGCCGUUUGUGGUUUCCAACUGUCUCCAGGAUCUAAAUUUUAUGUUAUUGUCUCUGGAUGAAGAAGUAGUUAUUGGUAAGAUUUCAAAAGGAUGGGCUGGAUUUAUUAGGGAAUUAUCUACCAGUGCUAUUAAAUUUGGAAUCCAGUUUCCAUUUGAUCUUGAUGUUAAGAUAAAAGCACUGAUGCCUGGAUCAAGUUUCCUCAUUGAUUACAUGUACUUUGAACUCUGGUCAUAA